AUGAACAACAAGCCCGUGCAGCCCACGAACCGGGGUAUGGCGACAAACACCUUGUCAAGGCAGCAAGGGUCGUUCACGCAGUCUUUCGUGCUUCGGAGCACAAAGGAGGAUAUUCAAAUCUGUGGCAUCACCCCAGGGCCUCGUUCAGAGGCAUAUCAGAAUGCUGCGUUCAAGAGCCUCGAGCGAAACAAUUUCAUACUCGAGAGCGGUAACCUCAGCCCCGAAGGGAAACGCAAGUUCCGCAACAGCCCCCACGCCAGUGAACUGUAUGCGCAGGCAGACGAGCGCUUCGCAGACUGGGCCACCGAUCGCAACGCGUAUACUGCCCGUGCUAAAUGGAUUUCUGAACGGACCAAGCCUGUCAACAAGAUGGCCAAGGCGACGGUUCUACAGGAGAAUGAGGACCUGCGGACCGAGAACCUGCGGCUGCGGCGUGAGCUUGAGGAAGUGGCCGCUGCAGACGCCGCCCAGCUCGCGCCGGCCGAUGCUGCCCAACCUACUGCAGGACCCAUCGAUAUUGAGUGGGAAGGCAUGUCCGAGACUGAUCCUGGAAGUCCUUUCAGUACACCUGUGCGAGGCUCGGGUCAAGCCGCAUACCCCACUCCUGACUCCAACCACGCAGGCCCUUCCCGCGCUGGGCCUCGAGCACUGGAGAACCCCUCCUGGCUGCGUCCUAACGGCACUGCGCAUAUGGGCAUAGUCCAAGAGAAGGAAGACACUUCUCCCCCGGAUCUGGCUUGUAGCGUUCUCUCGGUCAGCGACGCUACCUUGCUCAAGAUCACCGAACUAGAGCACCUGCUCGAGGAACGUCGUAGCGAUAUCCAAGACCUCUGUGCGCGUAUUCAGAUGGUCGGCGCGGCAGCGCAAGUUGGUGAUGCCCAGCGGCUUCACACGCAGCUGACGCAAGCGCUGCAGGAGCGUGAUGCAUACCGGAAUCAAUGCGCUGACAUGAUGCUCGAGCUCCGCGACCGAGUCGAGGAGCUUGAGAGUGAACAACGCCAGACCCUGUAUAGCAUUGGUAGGAUCCAGCGUACUGAAAACUUGCUCAAAGCGGCGCAGGCCAGCGAAGGGGAGACUCAGAACAGACUACGUGAAGCAGAGCUAUCACGUACAUUGUAUGUCAGGCGCGCUGCAGAACUUGUUCAGGAGGUCGAGCGCCUGAAAGUUGUCAUCAGGUUACACGCAAGUGCGAUGUUGGAGGCAAGCAACUGA